CCUCCCCGUGUGUCAGUAUGACUGCGCCAGAGGGGAGCUGUGCGCUCAUAGGGGAGGGACGAGCGAAGUCAAGUUCGGAUCAGAUCAGGAAGGAGCGCACCGGCAGAGCGAGACAGGCGGCACCAGGGGAGAGUCGUGCUUUUUCAUGCCAUUUAUUUCUCUCAUCGAGUAAACAGAGUUCCUCCAGAAGAAAAGUGAAGAGGAUCCCCAAACGACACGGGGGAGACAUGCAGCCGGUGGCGAGACGGACUUUGCUGCUUCUUCUCGUGGUUUUGAUAACGCAAGAUUGCUUCUCAUCCAAGGCAGAGGACCGGCUGUUCAGGAAACUGUUCAGAAGAUAUAACCAGUUCAUCAGACCAGUGGAAAAUGUCUCUGACCCCGUCACUGUGGAGUUUGAGGUUUCCAUCUCACAGCUGGUUAAAGUUGAUGAGGUGAAUCAGAUCAUGGAAACAAACUUAUGGCUCAGGCAUAUCUGGAACGACUACAAGCUGCGAUGGACGCCGGCUGAGUUUGAUGGGAUUGAGUUCAUUAGAGUUCCAUCAAAUAAGAUUUGGAGACCUGACAUUGUGCUCUACAACAAUGCUGUGGGUGAUUUCCUUGUGGAGGACAAAACCAAGGCUCUGCUGAAGUUUGAUGGGACCAUCACCUGGGUUCCUCCAGCUAUUUUCAAAUCCUCCUGCCCCAUGGACAUCACCUACUUCCCCUUUGACUAUCAAAACUGCUCCAUGAAGUUUGGCUCCUGGACUUAUGACAAAGCCAAGAUUGACCUGGUACUUAUUGGGUCCAAGGUGAACCUGAAGGACUUCUGGGAGAGCGGCGAGUGGGAAAUCAUCGACGCUCCGGGCUACAAGCAUGAUAUCAAGUACAACUGCUGUGAGGAGAUCUACCCAGACAUCACAUACUCCUUUUACAUCCGGCGCCUGCCACUUUUCUACACCAUCAACCUCAUCAUCCCCUGCCUCCUCAUCUCUUUCCUCACAGUGCUGGUUUUCUAUCUCCCGUCUGACUGUGGAGAGAAGGUCACGCUCUGUAUCUCCGUCCUGCUCUCCCUCACUGUGUUCCUGCUCGUUAUCACCGAGACCAUUCCCUCCACGUCGCUGGUCAUCCCGCUCAUUGGAGAGUACCUGCUCUUCACAAUGAUCUUCGUCACACUCAGCAUCGUCAUCACCGUGUUUGUGCUGAAUGUACACUACCGCACGCCAAUGACCCACACUAUGCCGGGCUGGGUGCGCUCCGUGUUUCUCAAAGUGCUGCCGAGGAUUAUGCUGAUGCGUAGACCGAUUGAUGAAGACAGCAAGGCUGGGGGGUUGGACAGCAGUGGGGAGGCAGGAGGAGCUGGAGGGGGAGGAGGAGGCGGAGGAGGGAAAGGAGGGAAGAAAAGGAAGAAUAGCUUGAUGCAGCAGGUCGGAGGAGGCUCCCUCAACUGUCUGGAGUUUGGGGACAGCAAGCUCUCCUCCGUGGAGGGCUGCACUGGGAAAAAAUGCCCUUGCCCCUGCCAGCAUGGAAAGGAGACCCCAGAAACACCAGAUACGGGGAAGAUGACAUGCCAGCUGAGUCCACAGAGCAUCAAUACAGUGGUGGCCUUUUCUGUGGUUUCACCUGAGAUUAAACAGGCCAUCGAGAGCGUCAAGUACAUCGCCGAGAACAUGAGGAGCCGCAACAAGGCCAAAGAGGUGGAGGAUGACUGGAAGUACGUUGCCAUGGUGAUUGAUAGAAUCUUCCUUUGGGUGUUUGUGACCGUGUGCGUCCUGGGAACCGUGGGCCUCUUCCUCCAGCCACUUUUUGGCUUCGUCUCAUAACCGCUGACCAAUCAGGGUUUGCUGCCACCCUGUGUCGACCAAUCCCGACCAAACAAGUGACUAACUCUCAGUUCUCAGUUGACAAAUCAGAAAACAAAGUUUUGAGUCCUAAAGGACUAUUUGGUGUGCUCGAUUUGCUUCUUGCCUUUCGCAGAAAGCAAUAACUACAGAAGCAGGGAAGUUGAGUUAAGUUUUUUUUUUUAAAUGGUUUGAAGGCUGGUCAUUAAGCUGUGUGUGAGGGACACAAAGGUUAUAAGCCUUCAUUUUAUUUCUUUUAAGGCGACUUAUUUUACUGAAAUAGAAACAUUGCCAUAGAAACUAAAAAUGCAGGCACUGCACUCUGCCUUAUCUUCACAGAAAGCGAGGAGAUAAUACAAUAUAGAAAAUCUGUUCUUUUACUGCUCGUCAAUUAGUUUUAGACAAUUUACUUUGUUUCGAUAUUAUUAUAUUCUCUAUGGUUAGUUUGCAGGUAUCAAAUGUAUGUAUUAAUGUCACAUUUGAUGAGUCUGUCCAUUUAUAUUGAAAUCAAUCAAAUUAAUAAAGUAGCUAUUUCAUACAUUUAUAUAUUUGAUUUAAAUGUAGCUUAACCACCUAAUUCCAUACAAUAUCAUUUCAGUCAAAAGGUGAGCUGGUGGUUACUACUCUGCUAAGAUAACAGCGUUAGCGUUAGCAGGAGGUUAGCUGGGAUUUUUCAUUCCACCCCUGACUAGAUUUCACUGCUGGCUCAUUUAAAUACACAGAACAACUUAUCAAAAUGUCAGUUCAUCACAAUAGGUAAUUACAAGUAACAAUUACAAAAAUAAAUCUGUAAAUUUAGUUUUGGUUUUAUCUCAAGCUGGUCAUUGCUACAUCAGCAGCUAGCUUCACUUGAUGAAGCUCUUAGCUGUGUAGUUGGAAGAGAGUGCAGUAAGUACGACAGCAUGUUGUACAGUCCAGAGAUUAAAUGAAACAGAGUGCAGUCACUGCAGCCUGUCCUGCAAUAGAGAGCACGUUUCUGCGGCUUUGUUUCUAUAUUAUAAGACAAAUCAGCAUGCAGUCAAGUUAAGUAACAAUUACUUUGUAAACACAAAAAAAAAGCACAGCUCCGUUGAAAGGAAACUACAGCGGUGGCAGUUCACUCCUCUCUGUCCUGCUGUUAUUACAGACGUAUCUGAGCAAACUGAAAACCUGUCAGUUCACUCACGGGCUCUUUUGUCGAGCUGUAACGUUUAGCACACAAACUAUUGGCUUAUGGGAAAUAGCGUUGGUUAAAAAUAUAAAUAUUGAAUAAACAACAUUAGAUUGUUUUUUUUUUUAAACUUCCACACUCUUCUAAAUACAUGAUGCGAGUCGGCGUACUAAUAUCCACAUCUAUUGUUAAGAAAGGUCAUGUUUGAAAAACUGGAUUUUUAGUGCAGUUACAAACGUCGGUGGGAUUUUGAACGAGAUUUUCUUACUUAGUUACGUAGUUCCUGCGUUUUUUUGUUUUUAGGUCAAUUUUGUAGCUAGUGCAAAUUUUACAUGCUGUCUCUACAAAUAUUAUUUCUAAGUCAUUUUUAUAUGAUAAAAAAAGAUGUCAAAAAGUCACAUUCAGGUCUUAACAUGAUUUGGACCAAAUAUUGCAUUUCAGCCUCGCAGGGCGGUGUCCAUUCCUGCUUGAUUUGAAAGAGAUACAGUAUAUUAGAACAAGGCUGGGAUCAAAACUUGGCACAUCCAGUAGUCCUUCAGGACUGGAACACGAGCAUCCAACAGAAGUUAUUGAACAUGUCUACUGGGUGUGGAAAACACCCAGUAGACAUGAUAUGAACUCUCUACCACACUGAACUAUACCCUACAGCAGCUAGUUUAGUCUCCCCCCAUUGAGUUGACUGAUGACUGUCAUACCCACUCCCCAGUCUGAUUCAUCAAGCUGCUCACUGUCAGAGCCAAUCGCGCUCAUUGCUUCUUUGUGUCAUUUCCAAUUAGAGUUCAGAUUUCUGGCGCACUUGGCAACGCUUUUAACAAAUAAGAGCAGGCUGUUCUUCUUUUUGUAAUUAGAAAACCAUGUGUUUAUAAAUGUUCUCUCUGAUUAAUGUUCCACAAGGUAAUUGGUUGGCCUGGUAAAUAUAGGAUUAAAUGGUACUUGAUUAGUUGCUCCUGAAAUAGCAUUACAUUUAUUAAUUCAUGAGAGGAUUCUAUCAUCCAAUUCCAUGGCUAUUAAUCUAAUCUUUUUUUCUUGUCACUUUUGAUUAAGUUUACUAUUAAGAGCAAACAUGCACUGCAAGAAACAUGCAUGACAUACAUUUUGAUUGCUUUGACCACAAAUACGUUGUCCUCAGAUUACAGCACUACAUGGAUACUGCUUAAUUUAUUUAAUUUCAAUUAUCCCUUCCCUCUCUGGUUAUAUCUGUUAUGUUUUAAUGCAUCCGAAAUGCAAAACUUGUGACGGGAGCAAAUAUGUUUGUACAAAUGAUCUUUGCUGAACUGAAAAUAAAUGCAAUAUUUCUUCAAAUACA